AUGGAAGUUUUGUGCAUCUGUGGACAAUGGAUCUCAAAAGAAUCUCUCCAGUGGGAGUUUCUUGUUGAUUUGAAGAGGAAUGCAUCAAUCAUUUCCAUAGAAGAAGAUCUACUGUAUGAAGAUUUGAUGAAGAUUGUCUCUGAAGAUUUUAGUGUUAAAGAGGAAGAAAUCAGUUUGAGUUAUGGUUUUUCAUUGGAUAUGAAAUGUAUUAUUGAAAGUUUCCCCCCACUCUCGAUAGGUAAUACUCGUCAGCUCAGAACUUUCAUUUCCAAGACUAGAGCAUUUGAUGGAACCUGUCGUUUGUGUGUUAAGGUUAGUACUGAUCCAGCUAGUUGUAACACUCAAGCUUCUGAUACAUUUGCUUCUACUGUUCCAUUGAAUGCCAAUCCAGCGAUUCUUUCUACUGUGCAGAGUGAAAAACAGAGUCUUCUAUAUGAAGGUGUUUCUACAGUUCCUCUGAAUGCUCUUCCAGAUUUUAGUACUGAUUCAGCUAUCUGUAACAUUCAAGCUUCUGAUACAUUUGCUUCUACUAUUCCAUUGAAUGCCAAUCCAGUGAUUCUUUCUACUGUGCAGAGUGAAAAACAGAGUCUUCUAUAUGAAGGUGUUUCUACAGUUACUCUGAAUGCUCUUCCGGAUUUUAGCCCUGUCCAUAUUGGACUUUCACCAAACACGAGAGUAGCUGGCGAUAUUAAGGUGAAUAGCUAUUUUAAGACAAAGAGAGAGUUGAUGUUGAGGAUGAAGAAAUGGGCUUUAGAGUGGAAGUUUGAGUACAAGACUGUCUCUUCUAACAAGUCAAGAGUGCUUUUGAGUUGUGUUGAUGAAAAUUGCACGUGGAGGAUGCGUGCUAUCAAGCUAUCUGUUUCAGAUUUUUUCGUUGUUAAAAAGUAUGUUCAUGAGCAUACAUGCGAUACAACACACAGGAAAGCCAACCACAGACAAGCAUCUGCAAAGUUGUUGGAUUCUUUGAUUUCCAGCAAUUAUGGAGAAAAAAAGGAAGGUCUCAAACCGAAACAGAUCAUUGAACAGGUCAGGAUGCUGCAUGAAACAAACCCUGGUUCCUUGACUUAUCAACAUGUUGAUGCUGCAGGAAAGUUCAAGUAUGCAUUUGUGGCUUUUGGUCCAUCGAUAAGGGGAUUCUCAUUGAUGAGGAGAGUUAUUGCAGUAGAUGGUACAUUUCUGAAGGGAAAAUUCAAUGGGACUUUAUUGGCAGCUUGUGCUCAAGAUGGGAAUUAUCAUCUAUAUCCUCUCGCCUUUGCAGUGGUUGACGCAGAAAACGGCGCCUCUUGGAAAUGGUUCUUUAGAGGUUUGAGCCAGAAGAUCCCGGACGCUUCGGAUCUUGUUUUUGUAUCAGACAGGGCUAACUCCAUUUCUUCAGCGUUGGAGGAUGUAUAUCCCUUAUCUCACCAUGGAAUUUGCAGGAUCCAUCUGCUCCGCAACAUCACUCCUACAUAUGCGAAGACUGGGUUGCUACCUCUGGUGGAAAGCGCUGCUGAUGCCUAUACGUGUCACGAGUUCUGGUUAAUCUUCAAGGACAUAAAGGAUAAAUGUCCUGAAUUGGCUAAGUAUCUGGAAGAGUCUGAUUUUAGGAAGUGGGCACGAAGCUAUGCGCCUGCGAACAGGUAUAAUAUUAUGACUACCAACAUUGCAGAGUCUCUCAAUUCUAUGUUGAGGAUGCCUCGUGAGUUGCCCAUUAUCUCUCUCCUUGAAACUAUCAGAUUGACGAUGACCACUUGGUUUUUUGAGCGACGCGAAGCGGCUGCGAAACAUAAGCACCUGGUUACUCCAAAAGUUGUGCAGAAAUUGGUAUCUAGGUUAGGGGCCGCAAUGUUGUUGAAUGUGUAUCAAGUUGAUCGAAGCGAGUUUGAGGUGAAGAAUGAAACAAUGAAGUUUGUUGUUGACUUGGAGAAGCGGCAUUGCACAUGUAAUGUUUUCGACAUUGACAAGAUCCCCUGCAUCCAUGCCAUCGCUGCUGCUAAGCAUAUCAAGAGAGAUGAAAACCGUUUUGUUGAUGCUUCUCACUUGACAGAAACGUGGGCUAAAGCUUAUGCUGAAAGCAUACAUCCUGGUGGAGAGUUGUCAACGUCCACCUAUCCAGAGAAUAUUGAUGAACUGUCUUGCCCACCUCCAGCUACCAAAAAGAAAAGUGGACGCCCUCCUACAAAGAGAAAGAGAUCCGUUGGCGAGUUUGGGGUUCCUGGAUCUAAAUCUCAGUCCCACAAGUGCAGCAGAUGUGGCACAGGAGGGCACAACAAGAUCACAUGCCAGAGGCCUAUAGGAUGA